AUGUCGCGUGAGAGUGGUGGCAGCUUCUGGAACCUGACCCUUGAAAUCGGUCGAAUGCAGGGCUACCUACGUCCUGGGACGCUUCUGCAGCAUCCAUCCAACAAACGCGGGGUCUUCACCAAUGCGACCAUCCCGAACCGCAUCCAGCCCACCCUCUAAGAACCCUUAUCCACACCACUGGCACCCACACCCAACGAUCAAACCCCAUCUCUCGAUGUUCGCAGAACUGUUGGGAAACCCCUAACACCUCCCGCACACCUUCGCAUAAUUUUCUCGUAAAAACUAAAUAAUCAAGAUGUUGCCAGGUAUGACGUCACUCUUACACACCCACGCAUCCUGCAUCCUGCCUCAUCCCGCAUCGACGAUGACUGCAAUCGACAGCACGAAAACGAACAAGCCCGAUGUGGUGAUGUGUGGCAGAAGCGAAGGGCCAGGGGUGAUGUGGCUGCGCGAAAUGUCUCGAGGAAGAAUGGUGGGUCGUGCAAAUGUGGAGUGCGUAGGAGCCAGGUUUGGUGAAGGGCUGAUCGUAGAGCGUGAUGUCGAUGCGAGAGGACUAGGUGCAGGGGUGCUCGGAUCGGCCGGCAGGGCGCGAGCCAUUGGGUUUUUUUCGGUGGCCGCGCGAUGUGGCUGGUGAGUUUGGGUAUUAUUCACGACUAGGUAUUAGAUCAAAGGGGCAUGCGGUGAGGAUGUUGUGGCAGCAGUGGAUUGAUCAGUGGAGUGAAAAAAUGGAUUUACUUGUGAGAGCAAAGUGCUACGCUAGUAUGAUGCUAUGCAUCGGGUAUCUUUUUCUGAAUUUGAUCUCGUCAUAUCAGGACCA